GUAGAUCGGGAUAGUUGUGAGCGCUAUACUUUUUUAUUUUCUAAGCUUCUUAACAGUUUUUAGAACACUCAUUGUAUACUUUUUACAAGAUAACGAAAUUAGAAUCAUUAAUAAGCUAUGUGUUAUGUUAUUAUUACCGGCCGCAGUCUAGCAUGGCUGCUUAUAAGUUUGGCUGCUUUUAUGUUAAUUUUGACCGGUGUUAUGACGCCUAAAUGGUUGCUCGGCCAGCCAAACAUAGUGAAUGAAAACAAUAUUACCAGUUUUUAUGUACCCAGUGUUGGUAUCUACAAUAGAUGUAUACGUACAGAACAUGACCGAAACCAUUGUGCUCCAUUCUCACUCUAUGGACUUGCAACUGAUUCAUAUGUAUAUCCUACUCCAUGGAAGGCAGCAAUGUUCUUCUUAUCCUUUUGUGCAGCUAUACAGUUUUCUACAGUACUUGCAGGUGUUUUGGCAUGCUGCGUCCAAUCUGUUUUUAAAAAGAGUGUAAUAUCACUAGCAGGUGCCACUCAGGCAUUGGGAGGUUUGUUUGGUGUGCUGGGUAUACUCCUUUAUCCUUGGGGUUGGGGUGCUGCCCGAGUCAAGCGGCUUUGUGGUGAAUACUCCGAGCCAUACAUACCUGGGGACUGUUCUAUUGGUUGGGCCCUAUACAUGACAAUACUCGGAGUGGGUCUAGUGUUUUUGGCAAGUGCUUUAUCAAAGACAGCGGACAAAGCGGCCAAUUCUGACAAAGUCCAGUUUCAAAUGGAUGAAGGGAAACAGCUGAUUUGUCUUGCAUAAUACCUAUUAGGUACCGGUGAAAAUAGCAAUAAGGUUGGAAAGGCUUUUGGUGGUAUUCAAAUGGAACCGGUGUUUGACUUCUGUUUUAGAAAUCUAUGAAGUGUCAUUGUUGUAUCACCGUUGUGGUGCUGACAUUACUCUUCCAUUUUUAUUUAUCUCAUAGGUAAUGGACUGAUACAUACAUUCUCUUGUCUAAAAUUUUAAUAUUAGAUUGUAUGACAUAAAUCACAGGCUAAAUCAUUGACCAGGCAAAUAAUAAGAGAGAACUUGGUAGUGAUAUAAUCAUGAAAAUCCUAAAUUCAAGUAAUAGGUUUCACUAAUAAAUCAUAACAUAAUUAUGAAUCAAUUUAUAUAGUUAGCAAUCAGUUGAAAAUGUUGAAACAAAUGACUGCAUAUUAUUUGUCUUUAAAGACUGGCAACACACUUGCGAGCCCUCUGGCAGUUUGAAUUCUUUUAAUAAAUAUAGUUAUUGAUGGCCAAAAUAUAUAUAUUUUUUGCCAUUUAUAGCAGUGUUAACUUUGUAAGAAGCAUACAAUUGCAUAUGUCUAUAGUUCCUACAGUUUCUAUAAAUCACAGAUGGUGCUGUUUCCAGGUGCAUUUAUACUUCCUUCACUUCUAGAAUACUCAUCACAUUUUUGUGAACAUUAGUUUAAGUCUAAUCAAUUAUAUUAACGUAUUGUUUAACAUAGUUUGUCUAACUUCUGUUUUCCCUUGUGUUCUGUCUUUAAAAGAUUAACCUCUUUAUUUAUAAAAUAGUUAGUCUAAGUUCAAAUUACUCUUUCAUCUCUUGCUAUUAAAUUGUGUUUGCCCUGUGACAAAAAAAGACAGUUUAGUACAUUUGUUUAUUAUUUUGUAAAUAAAGGGAAUCUCACGUUUAACAUAUCCUGUAUAAUAAUUACUUUCUUAUCGUGUACAAUCGUCGGAUAUAACAAUCGAAUAUUAUUUCUAUUUGACAGUUGACAUUUAGAGUAUGCAGUGACAGAUGUCUAUUGUCUAUUGUUUUUGAUGCUCAAAAGUGAUUUCUUAUAUUUUUUCUAGCUAUUGCUAAUUUUUGUACAUCACAUGUUUACAAGUUACACGACCGUUGUUAUAUCUAUAUGUUAUGUAAACUCUUUAUCAAAGGAUAAAUAGUUGUCUCGUGUCACGUAAACUAUGACUCGAAUAUAUAGACUGAUUAAUGGCUUCCAUAUAUAUUUUUUAUACGAAAAUAUUUCUGUAUUGCCUUAGUUUUAAAAUAAACUCUUUAAAGCUUAUUGUAUACUGCCUAUCUAUAUUUAUUUACUAAAAAU